UUUAGAAUCUGAAAGAUGAACAGCAGACCAAUUGCAAACUGUGUUCAAAGCCUGUCUAUAAAAUGGAGGAAAUUAUUGUUCAGUUUAAAUCGGAUAAAUCUAUCUACCAUAAAUCCUGCUUGCGAUGCAAAGACUGCGGUAGACAAUUAAAGUUUGAUAAUUAUCAGAGUCACGAAGGAGAUUUGUACUGCAGCGUACAUUUAAAGCUACUCUUUGCCCCUAAAGUCGUUCAACAGGCCGAAGAACCAAAGCAAAGCAAAACUGAGUUAAUUAUUCGUGAAAACCAACCAAUUGAGCUGCCUCCGGAUGUUGUUCGUGCAUCGGAUAAGCCCGACCUAGGGCUUGAUGAACUGCAUCAAUUGAACGUUCGUUCGAGAUUUGAACUAUUUGAGAAUGUUGAUCAAAACAAGCUUAGUGAGGACCAACUGAUACUGAACCAACGUCCUGUCAUUAAUCGCAGUAAGUCAGUUCUAGCGAAGUAUCGACCAAAUAAUGUCGAUAUUGAAUGCGGAGCAUCGAACGAAAGCGGCGAUGAACCAGCUGAACAAAAUGAGGAUGUUGACUUGAUACGCUCGAAAAAAAACACUCAAAAAGAGAGGCCUAUUGGUCUGGGCGAUGCCAUGAAUGACAUCAAAACUAGAUUCGAAAAGGGUACAAUGCAGUCCAAGGAAGAACGCCGUGAAGAACGAAAGCAAGAAAUCCAAAGCAUACGUUCUCGCCUCUUCAUGGGCAAACAGGCCAAAAUCAAGGAAAUGUAUCAACAGGCAGUCGCCGAAUCCGAACAGGCUAUCACAUCCAUCGGAAAGCAACCGGAUGUUGAGAUUAGUAAAGCAGCUCGUUUCAUUAAGGAGCGAUUCGAAAAAGGAGAAAUGUUUCACGAUAAGAACAUUGAGUCUACAACAUCUAAUUGCAGUAAUGGUCAUGGCUCAGGGCUGUCGGAGGAUGCUGAUGUUUUUGAAUCUGCUAUAAGUAAAAAGUCACGCAGCAUCUUUAUGGAACUAGACGCGAACGUGGCAUCGAGUCCGCAUUCCAAAUACGAAUUUCAAAGAAGCCAAUCCAUCCGUAUUAACAAAUGCCAGAGUCAAAAUCGAUUGCUUUCCGAGAACUCUGACAUAGAUGUGGUUAAAUGUGAUACAAAAGCGGAGGAUAUCAAAGUGACUACAGCCGAGCUAAGCCAGAAAUUUAAAUUUUUCGAAACGUAUCGUCCUAACGAUGGAGAGAAGCGUCAAUUCCGCAUAACACCACCUCGCGAAGGUGUUGUUAAAAUGCCAUCGCUCGAUUCCGAAACUGAUUCCGAGACGGGCAAGCAGAACUUUUACGACAAUGUGCUACAAAAAACACAGACCACUUCGACAAUGCUGAACAAGUUUCGAGAAAUGGAGCAAAACAAAUCAAUUAAAUCUAACUGCAGAAGUCCCAGGCCUCUUAAAUGUUUUACGCCUCCGCCACUGGAAGAUAGGCAGAACUUUAAUGAUAAAUCCAACAGCGAAGAAGAGGACGAGGAUGACGACGAUGAUGAGAAUGAGUCCGACGAUGAUGACGAAAUCGAACAAGAAAUUGUAAACUUAAGUUCAACUAACAGAGAUGAAGCGCUUAGAGAGGCACACAAUGCAGCUCGCGCAAAGCAAUUGCGCGCCAAGUUUGAAAAAUGGCAGGCAAACGAAAUCAAGCGAGAAAUAAUGGAGGGAUUUGUGGACAUCUACUCAGAAAAAGUGUCGGAUGAUUCAACCAUAGAAAGUGCCAAGGCAAUACGCGAGCGCUUCGAAAAUAUGAAAAAUGUUGAACGCAACUCAACAGUUCGACCCCGGCAUCAGGUUAACCGUUUUGUAUAAUUUGAUUUUUCUUUGCUGGAUACACGUACGAAUUUGGAUUAAAAU